AGUGUUGAUUGGCUGAGAGUAGCACAGCCCCGCCCACUUUCUCUCUCCUCCAGCGGUAACCCAUCCUGCGUCAGCGAGGACUUUGUUCGUUACCCUGUUGGGUGGUGCAAGAGGGAGCGCAAAGAUAUCGAAGUAUCUGUGCUUCUUUGCUUUCAUCUGAGGGGUAAUGACUUCAAAACAAGAGGAGGCCAGUUUGGCCAGUUUUCUGCAAUAUAUUGAAGAUGUGGGAUUGAAGACUUAUGAUGGGUUGGUAAUUCAGAAUGCAUCAGACAUUGCUCGGGAGAGUGACCGGCUAAGAAAUGAGACAAAACUGGCAUAUUUGAAGGAAAAAAGUGAAAAAAGAUACAAGCAAGAAGAAGCAAUAAAACGAAUAAGCGGAGACGUUGGAAGAGGAAAUGAAGGUAGUUAUGUUGGGAAGCACUUCCGUAUGGGAUUUAUGACAAUGCCUGCACCUCAGGACCGCCUUCCACACCUUUGUUCUACUGGAUUUACAGUGAGAUCACAAUCGCUUCACUCUGUUGGAGGCGCAGAUGAUGAAACUGAUGUUUGCUCACGAAAACAACCACCACCAAAACCUAAACGAGACCCAUCCACCAAGCUGAGUACAUCAUCAGAAGCAGUUAAUACAGGGACAAGUAUGAGUGGAAAACAAUCGGACAUAAACGAAGUACCAGCAAAGACGAGACCAUAUAGUGAUGAGUAUUCCAAGAAAAUUCCACCACCGAAGCCGAAGCGUAAUCCAAAUACCCAGCUAAGCACCUCUUUUGAUGAAACUUAUAUCAGAAAACAUUGUUCCGUAAAGAAUCAACCAGUGAAAGAAACGUCUGCAUCUGAAGCAUGUAGUCCAGCUCAUGAUACAGAGGAUGAUGAGCCUGUAUAUAUUGAAAUGGUAGGGAAUAUCCUACGGGAGUUUAAGAAAGAUGAAGAUGACCAAAGCGAAGCUGUUUAUGAGGAAAUGAAAUAUCCUAUAUUUGAGGAAAGUUGUCAAGAAGCAAAAUGGCAAGACAUUUAUAGUUCAGAUCACCAAAAUGGCUCUACUCAGUGUGCUACUCCAACAGUGCCUGAUCUGGAAAUCACAAAGUCCUCAAUGCCGUCAACUCCUAAGGGCUUGCUGUGUGAUAUCCCUCCACCAUUUCCAAAUCUACUUUCACACAGACCCCCACUGUUAGUGUUCCCUCCUGCACCAGCACAGUGCUCUCCAAAUUCUGAUGAAUCUCCCUUAACUCCACUGGAGGUUGCAAAAAUCCCCAUGUUGGACAAUGUAACUUACAUCAAACAGCAAACAGGUGCUUCUUCAUCUCCAGUUCCACCUCAACCAUCUGGACAUCAAAAAGUGCAGAAAGACUUGCCGACGGCACAUGGAGUUAGUCCAUCUGGGCAUUCCUCUUCACCACCUCAUCCACCUGGUCUGCAUAGAACACCUUCCCCUCAUGGAUAUUCCAAAUCCCAUUCUGCUGCUCCUUCACCUGUUAGUAUGGGACGGUCUUUGACUCCACUAAGCCUAAAAAGACCUCCACCAUAUGAUGCUGUACUUUCAGGAAGUCUCUCAAGAAGUUCCCCUUCAGUGCCUCAUGCUAUGGUUAAAGCUACAUCACAGGAAACAGCAAAGAUGGUAAAUGCCUCUACCAAUACAUAUGGGUCUGCACAAAGUGGAUCCCGCUCAAGAACACCAACGAGUCCUCUAGAUGAACUUUCUAGCUUAUUUACAACAGGGCGUAGUCUGUUAAGAAAAUCAUCCAGUGGCAGAAAAUCUAAGGAACCUUCAGAAAGUAAGUGCAUUUUCCAGUUUUGA